CAAAAUCAGAAGGAUUGGCCGGAAACUCUAGACAGGAAAAGCAGUUUCACACACCAUGGUGGUUUUCUUGACAGACCAUCUUCAGGCCAAGGGUGCUAAGAUCAUCUCCUUGAAGCCUGAAGUGAACGUUCCAGCGAAACCAAUCAUCAGAAGUUUGAAUAGUCUCCUACACGACAUAUAUGUGCGUUUCAUAGCACUGAGAGAUAAGGAUUUUGUGAAAUAUUACAAUGUGUUUGAAAACAUAUUCUUCAAACUGCAUGAACAGAUGAAAGAAGCGGAUCCGUACUACAAGCAGUAUUCCAGCCAUGUACUAUUCGCGGGCAGCCACUACGACAACCUACGCAUCAACAAACCCGAUGAAUUCGACAUGGAUAUCGUAAUCGGGUUGCCCGUCAACCCGGACGAAAACCCCCAAAACCCGGCCAAAAGCGACGUGGUCAUCGAAGACAUUGCUCCUGGCUUCGUGAGGCUGAAGAUGGGGAAACAGUUCCAGAACCUGCCGAAUAGGGAUCAGGGGGAAGAUUGGGAAAUAAACCAGACGGCUUGCAAAUGGUUAGACGAUGCCAACUACCUGUUGCGCUCGCAGUUCAUGUACUGGUUCCAGAGUGUGGUCGACAAAGCCAUGAACCUCUUCGAUCAGAACGAGCACGGGGAGCCCUACAUGGACGUUGAGGGGACUAAGUACAACCUCCGCUUAUCUGCCAGUGGCCCCGCCUACACGCUCAUCAUCUAAGACACACAGUGCGGGUUCCGUCUGGACGUGGACCUGGUCCCGGCCCUCAAGUUCCCUGAGGAUCGCUGGCCUAUCGCCAAAAAAUAUAGAAGGGUACCCAAGCGUUGCAAGAAGGAGUUCUUCAUGGUGGUGCCGAAGCCCCUGAAGGGGGGUCGCAGCCCGCUCGACUCGGAGCGCUCCUGGCGGCUAGCCAUGCACAUACAGGAGAAACAGCUCAUGUACGACACCUGUCAUAUGAAGCAGGUCAUACGACUGAUAAAAAAGCUCCGCGAUUCCUUAGGCAUGGACAACAUUGCUAGCUACUACAUCAAGACCAUAUUCUACCAUGAGGCCAUCGAAC